CUGGAAUAUUUUGGAUCGGUGUGGACAUCACCGUGGACUUCAAGUGAUAUGAGGGGAACAACCCCAACAUCACAGGUACAGUAAAGGAAACAGACAGAUAAACAGUAAUUCAGACGCAGACAGGAAGACAGACAGACAGACAAUCUGAUGCCCACUGACUCCUCUGUGACUCUCACGGGACGACUCCUGCUGUUGCUAUGGGCAACCCACCUCACCAUGGCAACCAACUGGCUCUCUCUGGCACGUUUGCCACGCUCUCGUCCUGUGUCUGGUACAGAACCAUGCGGCCGUCUGAGGGGUUUAACACCAGGCCAAGUUGGGGUGUGCCGGGCACGGGGGGAGGUCAUGGAGUCUGUUCGAAAGGCUGCAGAGAUGGUCAUUGAGGAGUGCCAACAUCAGUUUCGAAACCGGCGCUGGAAUUGCACCACCACCCCACGCGGGAUUAAUGUGUUCGGACGAGUCAUGAAUCAAGGCACCCGUGAGGCAGCUUUUGUCCAUGCUCUUGCGUCCGCCGCAGUAGCCGUGGCCGUGACUCGAGGCUGUAGCAGGGGAGAGCUGGAAAGAUGUGGCUGUGACCGUAAGGUCAGAGGGGUCAGCCCAGAGGGUUUCCAGUGGUCAGGCUGUUCCGAUAACCUGUCGUACGGCGUUGCGUUCUCUCAGAACUUCGUGGACGAGCCAGAGAGAGCAAAAGGCAUGUCGUCGGGACGGCCACUAAUGAACAUUCACAAUAACGAAGCGGGACGGAAGGCAAGAUGUUCUUCGCUGGCUGAAAUCAAACAGUGUGUGUUUUGUUUUUUCACGGUUUUCUUGUUCCUCGUUCAGGCGAUUCUUCAUAACAUGAAGGUGGAGUGCAAGUGUCACGGUGUUUCUGGAUCAUGUGAGCUCAAAACCUGUUGGAAGGUCAUGCCUCCAUUUCGCCGGGUUGGAUCUGUGUUGAAAGAACGCUUUGACGGAGCCACAGAGAUACGACUGACACGCGUGGGCUCUCGCACAGCUCUUCUUCCACGGGACCCCCAGGUGAAGCCACAAGCCACACGGGAUCUGGUUUACUUGGCAUCUUCACCAGAUUUUUGCCGCUUAGAUCCAGAUAACGGGAUCCCUGGUACUGCAGGGCGACGCUGUAAUGGAACCUCAAGGUUGGCUCCAGACGGUUGUGAGCUGUUAUGCUGCGGCCCAGGGUUCCGCGCAGGUCGAGCAGAGGUGGUGCAGCGUUGCUCGUGUAAGUUUUCCUGGUGCUGUUCGGUUCGCUGCCAGCAGUGUAAGAACACAGUGCUCAUACACACCUGCCGAGAAUGAAGCGCUCCUGACCACCGAACACCUCCCGCACAAACCCCAUGUGAAGAUAACAAACCAACUCAAGUCAACAUCUCCUGUUGGUUGAUGAAAGGGAACCGUGCCAACUAGCAAAACAGAUUUCUCCACUUUCUUAGAAAAUGUAAGAAUGAGGUUGGGUCAAAGAUGAAAAAGGGUUAUGAAUACAGUAAGUGUUAUACCGCUUUAAAUUGUGGUCGAUCAAAAAAAUAAAAGGUAUUCUCUUUAAUUUAAUUGCUUUUUUGAGCAAAAAUAAAAAUGAUAAUUUUUUCCUAAUUUACAGAAGACGCCCACUUAAAUCAGUGUAACAAUCUUGACAGGCACAUUUACAACAAAAAUCUAUUUAUGACAUUAAAAGACUUAU